AUGGCAGCCCAACGCAGGCAUUUGAUGCAAAGUCAUCAGAGUUGGACGGACGACCUUCCUCUGUGCCAACUCUGCGGCGUUGGAACUGCACCCAACUGCGUGUAUGGUACAGAUGGCAAAGGGACGCAGACCCACCCUAAUGAGGACACACACCUGCGCUUCAGGAGUGAGGAUGGCUGUUCCCUGUAUGGAGUCUUCAAUGGCUAUGACGGCAGUAGAGUAGCCAGCUUCGCUUCACAAUGUCUUACGGCCGAACUCUUGCUGGAGCAGCUGAGUGCGGACCACACGGACUCAGACAUCCGUAGGAUUCUCACACAGGCUUUUGAAGCAGUAGAGAAGAGUUACUUGCAUACUAUUGAUGACGCAUUGGCUGAGAAAGCUAACCUGUCCGGCUACAUGCUACCCCACAGCGAGAAGGUGCAAGAGCGUCUAAAGGAGUUGGAGCAAGAGGUGUCGGGAGGAGCCAUGGCAAUUGUGGCACUCAUCCUCAACAACAACCUUUACAUCGCUAACGUUGGGACCAACCGGGCUCUGCUGUGCAAAACAACAACCGAUGGCCAGAACCAAUUCUUUCAGCUAGGACGACCUCACAGCACCGAUAACGACGACGAGCUUCAGAGACUCGCCGCGCUGGGAUUGGAUGCUGCCCGUGUGAAGCUUGCGGGCCACAUCGCUGGGCAACGCAGCACCAGGAGGCUUGGAGACUACCGCGUCAAAAUCAACUACAAUGAAAUCGACCUGCUCAGCGUGGCCAAAACAAGGCCCAUCAUUGCUGAGCCGGAGAUCCACGGCAGCCAGUCAUUGGACAGCGUUACAGGCUUUCUGCUUCUCAUGUCAGAGGGACUGAUCGACGCCCUGGAGUGUGCGCAUGGGCCUGAACAUGUCAAUAAGGAAAUUGUUGCCAUGGUGGCGGCCGAGCUCGCGCAGCAGACAACUCUGGAAGCAGCAGCGCAGUCGGUGGUGGACCGCGUCAAGCGUCUGCACCACGACGUCUACACAUCAGGGCGCCAAAGGGCCACCUUCUGCUCCCGCCAUGAGGAUAUGACAUUGCUCAUCCGCACCCUCAACUACCCGUUGGCGGAUGGUGUUCUCACGCCCACACAAGGUGGCCGCAUCUACCCUGUGUCGGUGCCCUACUCCAACAGCCAAAGCACCAGUAAAACCAGUGUCACUCUCUCGCUGGUGAUGCCCUCACAGAGCACUCUGACCAAUGGGACCAACACGGCCUCGACCCUGGAAGAGGGCACACCCACUCCCGGAAGCCAGAGCCCCACAGCCACGCUGCAGUCCACCAUCACGCAGACACAGAGCUCCAGCUCCAGCUCAGGAGACGGCAGCCUGUUCCGCCCGUGCGGUAGCCAGGCAGCACAACCUGAUGAGACGGGACGUGUGCCGCCCUAUGUGGACUUCACACAGUUUUAUCGCCUGUGGGGCAAUGACCACAGCGACGGACAGAUGCCUCAAUGCGACAUUGGAACACAAUGA